AUGGGUUCCUAUGUACCCGAUCCUGCGCCAGAAAAGCUAUGGAUAGAGACACCGUUGAUACCAUCGACAGCAAUGUCUCGGGCAGCAGGCUGCAACAUUUUCCUCAAGCUUGAGAACCUUCAGCCUUCGGGCUCUUUUAAGUCCAGGGGAAUAGGCAAUGCGAUGUUGCGUGCCACGCUCGCCAAACCCAGCGGCGAGGUACACUUCUACUGCUCCUCUGGUGGUAACGCUGGUCUCGCUUGUGCCACAGCAGCCGUCACGCUGGCGCAGCCCUGCACUAUCGUCGUGCCCAUGUCAACCUCCCCAUACAUGAUCGACAAGCUCAAGCUCCUCGGGGCCAAGGUCAAGCAGGUCGGUGAGCACUGGGCUGAAGCUGAUGCACACCUCCGCGAGCACCUACUAGCCAAUGAUCCGGCUGGUGUCUACGUGCCGCCCUUUGACCACCCACACGUCUGGGAGGGCGCAAGCAGUAUUGUGACUGAACUCGUUCCUCAAAUGCGAACCUUUGGCGGCGUCGAACCCGACGGCAUUGUCUGCAACUGUGGCGGCGGCGGUCUACUCAACGGUAUCAUGGAAGGUGUCGAACAAGCUCGUGACUGGAAAGUCAAGCCGCAGGUCCUCGCCGUGGAGACCGUCGGUGCAGACAGCCUCAAUGCGAGUGUCAAGGCCGGCAAGUUGGUCACGCUGCCGAAGAUCACGAGUAUAGCAACCAGCCUGGGUGCUCCAACGGUGUCAAAGAAGACCUUUGAGUGGAGUCAGGAGAAGCACCUCGCCAACGCUGUCGUCACAGAUGCGGAGGCGGUCAUGGGCUCCGUCAAGCUUGCGAAUGAUGCUAGGAUUAUGGUUGAGGUGGCCUGCGGUGCGACUAUCGCUAUGGUGUAUAACGGAGGCCUGAGAGAUUGGCUGGGUAAGGGACUUACCGAUGAGGAAUGGUGCAAGAAGAAUGUCGUUGUCAUUGUAUGCGGUGGCUCGAAUAUCUCACUGGAGAUAUUGCGGGACUACCAGGAGAAAUACGGCGUCGCUUGA